AUGAUCUCUAACAACAAACCUUUCAAGGUCCUCAUUGUUGGCGGAGGAGUAGCAGGCCUUACCUUGGCGAACAUGCUCGAGCGUUUCAACAUUGAUUAUCUUAUCCUCGAAGGACAUGGAGACAUUGCUCCAGCCGUCGGAGCUAGUAUUGGUAUGUUUCCUAAUGGGUUGCGAAUACUUGACCAAAUCGACCUCUAUGAGCCACUUGAGAAGUUGAUGGGCUCUUUCGAAGAGACACAAUCAACAAGGGACAUGAAGGGAAGGCCCAUUCUGAGUAUACCCAGAUUUCAGGACCACGUCAGGCUGAGACAUGGGUAUCCACUGAUGUUCUUCGAUCGGCAAUAUCUUUUGAAGGUGUUGCAUGAGCGGUUGAGGUACAAACAGCGGGUACUUCUCAAUCACAAAGUUGUCGAUGUGCAUCUCGUCGACGAUGGGGUUGAGGUAAGUACAGCUGACAAUCAGCGUUUUGAAGGAUCCAUUUUGGUGGGAGCCGACGGCGUUCAUAGUAUUGUGCGGCGUCACAUGUUUCGACUUGGACAUCAACGUGACCCGGAAGCAUUCCCUGCAGACUCGUCCAACAAGCAAGAAUGUCAUUAUCUUUGUAGCUACGGAAUUGCCCGAAACGUUCCUGGCUGGGUGCAAGGCGACCAAUGCACGGUCCUUGGGAACGGGUGUUCUCAGCUGGUGGUUUCUGGUCCCGAGAACAAAACCUACUGGUUUUUCUUUUCCAAACUUCCUACAGCAAGAUACGGCAGUGAGAUUCCCACCUGCACUAAGGCAAUGGAAGCAGCCUUUGCGAAGAAAUAUGCAAAUGUCACGAUAACAGAGAAAGUCACCUUCGGCCAAGUAUUUGCCCACCGCAUAUCUUCAACCUUGACGCCAAUUCACGAGUAUGUGUUGGGCAAGUGGUUCUUCGACCGGAUCAUCUGUCUCGGAGAUUCAGUCCAUAAACCAAAUCCAAUUGGUGGACAAGGCGGGAAUGGUGCCAUCGAAUCAGCGGCAGAGCUUAUCAACGCUUUGAUGACGAAGAAAGCUUCAUUGGGGAGUCUUGAAGUGAUGAACACCCUGGACAUACAGAAUGUCUUUAGUGACAUGCAAUCGAAGCGGCACGAGAGAGCGAAGCGGAUUGUGUUUGCCUCCCGACUACAACAAUCUCUUGUAGCGUACGAAAAGCCAGGGCUUUCAAAAUUUGUUUGGCGGAUUUUUGUACCUCUCAAGGGCGAUGAAGCAUCUUUGGGUUUGUUCGGACUCACUCUUGCUGGGGCAUCGAGGCUCGAAAGACUCGAGCUCAAGGCUAGACCACGGGCCAUACCAUAUAGGGACGAACUCCCCGCGCCCCCAUUGACCAGAGUUCUCAUCGUCCGGUUGGCGUUUGUCGUCUCGAUGCUAUACCUCUUUCACAUGGCCCGAAAGAUACCAGCUACCUCGCAAGAUAACACCACUCAUAUGGGUCUGCAACUUGUCACCCCAGUGGUAAUCUACGUGCUGGAAGGAUAUAGAUUAGGCAAUGGCGGUACUCCCCUUGCCCUGCCAAGUUUAUUCCUACUCGCCGUAUAUUUUCAAGGCCUACACCGGGUGGCACCAAUUUACGCUAUACUUCACGCUUUUAUGAGUCUCGAUCUAUCCACUGGCCGAUAUGUCCAACCUGAAGUCAUCUUCUCACUGUUAGUGGCCCUGGUUGUCUUACUGGUCGCAAGCGCAUGUUCCACUUCGGAUCAUAAAACAUGGGGAGCUAUUACUCACGGUGUACCGCAGACCACGGCUGCAAUCACUUUUUUUCUAUCAUAUGGGUUGCAAAAUUGGAUACAAAGAAGCUUGUCUCGAACUGCGCAAGGCGAAUUCGCCUUUGAAAGGUAUAAGGGCAACGACCUGGGCCUUCUUAAGCUCACAUAUGCUUGUGUCGGAUCUAUCCAGGCAGCGUUUCAUAUCCGUCUGGUCGUCUUGCCAAUGCUCGAAACUACUACACCAAGCAGCCUCUGGUGGGUUUUAGGGCGACGCGCCCUUCUCCCAUCCCUCCAUCCCUCAAAGAAGGCUCUCGAAGAAGAAAGGAAGGCUGAUCAAUUAAAAAUGUCCCGUCUCGAGAGAUUACCACCAGAAGUUCUGCACGAGGUAUUUCGGUACGUGCACGAUGGCUUCGACCGGCAUAAAUGGGGCGGCUAUGACCCGCCCUUAGGGUAUCACGAACUACAAGGCGCAAACCUGCGACAAAAUUUGUGUGCUCUGCGUCUAGUCAAUCAACAGUUCCAUGAGUUGGUAGACCCAAUCCUUUUCCAGCAUGUCUUCGUCAGUUCUGCCACGGGCAUAGCGCGUCUGGACCAGAUAUCCAAGAAUCCCAACCUACGUCGUUAUGUGCGUCGCCUGGAGCUCUGCGUCAUCCGCCAAAAGAUAAAUCACUUUGUGGACUACAGGCCUAAUCACGAAACCAAAGAUAAGGACUUGAUUUAUCUGGGCCGUCUAGCUAUCAUGAUUCACACGGCAUUGCCCAAAUUCCCCGGCCUCAAAGUGUUGAAGCUUGACUUUGAGGACAUACCUUAUAGCUUUGAACGAGAAGUGGACGUAUUGGGGAGCCUAAGUUGCUGUUUCAAGCAAGAUACGGAGAACCUGUUUGAGUCCCUCGCUACAGCCCUUUGCAGAUCGCAGCUUGAUAAGCUAGAGGAGCUGGAUAUCGCGCUGCCUUUGGCACACGACUUUGGACAUUUUCUACACGAUGAGUCUGACCCAGAGUGGUGUUCAAAAAAGACAUUCUUUGAGAAGCUCAAGCGUCUUCGAGUGGUCUACGGGCAAUGUACGGAGGAUGGCGAAGGCCUCGAGUUUCGCUACGAACAGCCGAACUAUCAGUAUGACAAAUAUGUCCAACAGCUACUCCCUCUUGCAAAGAACAUCGAAUCUCUAGACGUGAAGGGUUCCGAUAUUCUUAGAGUAACUCCGGCAUCGGUUUCAAAAUAUCAUUUGAGAGAGCUACAGCUGGACAGCAUCUCUAUAUCAGGAAAGACCCUGGCAACGCUGUUCAAGCAGUCCCCAGAAAUCCGCGAGGUUAUCCUCAGCGGCAUUUAUCUCGAGGCCGACACAUGGGAAGAACCGUUCAAAGUACUAAGCGAGUCCCCUAUCACAUUUCUCUACAUCGAAACAUGUGGCUACUCAGGUGAAGGAGAAAGCGGAGAAUAUGCUCCUGAGAUGAUACGUUUCGUAACGGCUCCUGAUGAAAGCUACAUCGCAUCUUUACGUCCAGAAGACCACGCAGCUCUCGAGGCUAUUUUCAAACGCAUUCAUGAGAACAUGCGCAAGAUAAAUGGAGAUACCUAUGAUGAGGUAGCAGCUAACUUGCUCAGAAAAUGGCAGAAGGAUAACAUCCUGCGGAAGAUGACGUCUGCAGGGGCUUUUGUCGCUGAAGUGCUUGCUAGACAGAGGGAGGAGGAAGGUUUGAGUGACUUUGGGUCAUCGGGGGCUUCUAUUGCGUCUUAUCUCGACACAUUGGACCGCCGUGCCCAGUGGGAGGCUGGGAUCUAUCCUUCUGAUUCAGAUUCUUCCGACGAUGAUUCUGUUCGGGAUUAUUCUUUAGAUGGCUCUUUGGACAGUUGCUUGGACGACUCUCUGGACGAUUCCCAGGAUGAAUCUUUGGAUGAUGACUCGUCAGGUGAUCCAUCUGAUUCAUCUGAUGACGGCCUUUGA